AUGCUAUUGAUACCACAGGCAAUAUCACAUUCAUCGCCUGACAAAUUUUCCACAGCACAGCUUUUCUUCCUAGCAAUUUGUCGAGUUGCAGAGCCCACUGCUUUGACUUCCAUAUUCCCCUACUCGUGGGUGAUGAUCAAAGACUUUCACAUGGAUAAUGGCAACAAUGCCUCCUUCUAUGCCGGCAUUCUGAUUCACUCGCAGAGGCCUUGA